CCAAAUACUCCAAAAACCCAAAACCCUUCUUACGUUCCAAGUUUCCAACCUUAUUUGCAGCGUUCAACACUUGCUUAGUUGCUUCUCUCUCUCUCCUCUUAUACACAACCAUGGCGGCAAGACCGGAGCUUUUAGCACCGCCGGAGAUAUUCUACGAUCAAUCUGAAGCUCGAAAGUACACUUCUUCUUCUAGAAUCAUCGAUAUUCAGGCAAAGUUGUCUGAAAGAGCGUUGGAGUUGCUUGCCUUGCCUGAUGAUGGAGAACCCAGAUUGCUCCUUGACAUUGGUUGCGGAUCAGGGCUGAGUGGAGAGACACUGUCCGAGAAUGGGCAUCAUUGGAUUGGUUUAGAUAUUUCUGACGCUAUGCUGGAUGUUGCAUUGGAGCGGGAGGUUGAGGGUGAUCUUCUACUUGCAGACAUGGGACAGGGGCUAGGUCUUCGUCCUGGAGUUAUUGAUGGUGCAAUCAGUAUCUCUGCCGUCCAGUGGUUAUGCAAUGCAGACAAGUCCUCUCACGAGCCUCGACUGAGAUUGAAGGCUUUCUUUGGAUCAUUGUAUAGGUCCCUCGCAAGAGGAGCUAGAGCAGUACUUCAGGUGUAUCCCCAAAAUACAGCUCAGCGGGAGCUGAUCCUUGGUUUUGCAAUGCGUGCUGGAUUUGCUGGCGGUGUGGUAGUAGACUUUCCUCAUAGUACAAAAAGUCGAAAAGAAUACCUUGUUCUCACCUGUGGUCCACCGUCCUUAAGUUCUGCUACUCCGAAAGCCAAAGGCGAAGAUGGUGUAAGUUGCUCUGAUGAUGAAAGUAGCGGAGACGAAGAAAACAAAACGGUUUCAGUUUCAGACAGGCAUAGACCCAGGAAAAGGCAGAAGCUUGGAAAGAAAAUUAAAGGGAGAGAAUGGGUUCUGCAGAAAAAGGAUCAGAUGAGAAGGAAAGGCGCCACGGUUCCUGCAGAUACUAAAUAUACUGCUCGUAAACGAAAGUCUCGUUUCUAAGCUAUCUUCCAGUUCGAGCAUUUAUGGUGUAAAAUUUUUUUAUUUGAAGAAUUCAUGAAGUUAAGUUGUGGUAGAUUAGAACAACAAUGAGGGAACAUAAAUUUUAUUUGUACACCCACAUUUUUCACUAAUAUUAUACAAUUAGACUCUAAAUUUUGUGCAA